AUUUCUCCAUCCAUCCAAGGAGUGUGGAAGGCCACAUAGCUUAGUGUGUAGCUGUGUUAUGUAUCUAUGCUAAUUUGAUCAUUAGCAGUAGGAUUGAUCUUAGUAGUGAUCUAGUUUGAUUUGCUAGUUUGGCCGGAGAGCAAGAUGCUGGCUGUGUUCAGUGGCGCGGUGGUGGAGGUGCCGGCGGAGCUGGUGGCGGCCGGCAGCCGGACGCCGUCGCCCAAGACGAAGGCUUCGGAGCUGGUCAGCCGCUUCCUGGGCGCCGCCGACCCGGCCGUGUCCGUGCAGCUCGGCGAGCUCGGCCACCUCGCCUACUCGCACGCCAACCAGUCCCUCCUCCGCCCUAGAUCCUUCGCAGCAAAAGACGACGUGUUCUGCCUGUUUGAGGGAGUCCUGGACAACCUGGGCAGGCUGAGCCAGCAGUACGGGCUGUCCAAGGGCGCCAAUGAGGUGCUUCUUGUGAUCGAGGCGUACAAGACGCUGAGAGACAGAGCACCCUACCCUGCUAGCUUCAUGCUCUCGCAGCUCACUGGCAGCUACGCCUUCGUGCUCUUCGACAAAUCCACCUCCUCUCUCCUUGUGGCAUCUGAUCCAGAAGGCAAGGUGCCCUUGUUCUGGGGGAUUACUGCUGAUGGAUCUGUUGCCUUCUCUAACAACAUUGACCUGCUUAAAGGAUCGUGUGGCAAGUCACUUGCACCUUUCCCACAAGGUUGCUUCUACUCCAAUGCCCUUGGAGGCUUGAAGUGCUAUGAGAACCCAAAGCACAAGGUGACUGCUGUUCCUGCAAAGGAAGAGGAAAUUUGCGGUGCAACCUUCAAGGUUGAAAGCACUACAAUCCUCACGGCUCUGCACUAGGGAGCUUUCUGGUCUCCAGGCAUCGUUGUUGGGCAAGAAAACCUUUGUACAUGGUGGUGUAACAUAGUGGCAACUGAUCUGUAUCAUCUUUCAUAAAAGAGAAGUACUUCCUGCAUGGCAAGCACUUCAGUGUUUGGGUUGGGUGUGUGGUGGUAUGAUCUGUACCUUUGUUGUUCAAGCAGAAAUGAACUCCAGACCGGCUGUGAUCAGUUGAAUGUAGCUUCUGUUGCAAAUAA